AUGAAUCGCCACGCUAAAACUCACGACGGUAUUAAAUUACAAUGCGCUCUGUGCCCGAAAAUGUUUACGCGUAAUGACAAACGUAACGAACACGUUAAAAUUGUUCAUCCCUGUGUCGCCGCCGUAACCAUCGACCCUAUCGCCUCCACUGGUCCUUCGAUUACCUCCAGCGGUCCGUCACACGAACGAUCACUAGGGACAUGUGACGAUGAAAAUGAUAAAUUAUUCGUGGAAUGUAUUGAAAACAAUGUUGAUCAAA